GGAAGUAUAGCCUGUAGGAUUGGUUAACGAAACUAGAUGUGAAAAAUGUUCGAAUACUUAUCUUUCCCGGCUUUCGCAACGCCAUUCAGAGCGCCGUCGUCUAGAUUUAGAUCGUCUGACUGCUUCCAUUCGGAGGUCUUCUUUGCUUCUUGUUUCUGCUUUUUGCGAGAGAAUAAUUUUCGCUCUAGCCGAUUUAGCUAGCUCUUUCGUUCUCAAUUGCACUGUCUCUAUCGCUCUACUUGCGUCGUGAUGUGCGCGCGCUAGCCGUUAUUAGUGUGCGUAGAACCAUAUCUGUUCGACCCACCAAGCGUUAGUGUGAGUGAGCGCAUAAAGGCUGCGCGUCGUCUGCCGGGUGUUGGAUGUGUGAGUGUGUGUCGUGUGUGUUGCGUGUGUGUGUGUGUGCGCGUACGCAGCCAACGCGCUGGAUCGGAAGUAUAUCGAAGGGACAAGAUAUUACUGCGGAUUUCAGAGAAAAGCGGUUCUUUCAAAUGGUUGAAUGAUUUUUAACGGUAAACCAAUAUGCCUUUUUUCAGAGGCCGACUGUAACGAACAACCUGGCAAAUAAUGAAAACUGCUGGAUAUUUUUUAGUAAAAUAUGGGUGUUGUAAAGCUUUGUCCGGCAAAUCCGGCAAAUUAAAGAUUUGUGGCAUGCGGUACAGAAGAGUGCAGCGAGAGCGGCGUAGAAAGAUAGUUUCGCCCAAUACUCACACUCAUAUAACUCACUCGCACACAGCCAAGCGGGAGCAAAACUCACGCACACACAGACAGAUUGGGUGAAGUAUUUCACGUACUCGGAUUUCUACAAAUGGCGUCUGGUUUUGAGCGACGUUGAGCUGUACAACGACAAGGAUAGUUUUAGUUCGCAGAAGCAGGCGGCCGAAGCAGCAGAGCAUACGCAUAAGUGCUACUUUGUAAAUACAUACUGUAUAUAUAGCGAGAUGAGUACACAAACCCGUUCCGGAGGUGGUGGUGGUGGCGGAGGCCGUAACAAGUCCAAGGCCAAACACCAUGAAAACAAGGAGAAUUUGGCUAAGGAGGACGGACAGAAUCAGUCACAGCAGUAUCCGAAAGGAGGUUCCGGUCCCAACAACGCCAGCGGAAAUGAUGGUUCGGCUGCAACUACCGGCUCUGUUGGUGGUGGUAGAGGAGGCGACCAUCAAAAACAGAAGGGCAGCGGAGGCCACAAGGGCACAGAUAAUGCUGCUCCGAAGGUUGUUGACGUGAAGGAGAAGCAGCAGAGGGAGGCCGGUGGUGGUAGCGGCGGUGGUGCUGCAGGCGGCAACAACGAGAAGUCCGGCGGAUCUACGGGAGCUGCUUCUGGGGCUGGUGCUGGCGGUGCCUCUGCCACUCACACCGUGGUUAAGGCCAAGCAACCGACGGCCGAACAGAUUCGCAUUGCCCAAAUAACAGACAUCAAGAGCGGCAUGGAUGAUCCCAAGAUUCAGGAGAAAAUCCAAAGCUUGAUGGAAACCACGCAACGCUCCGAGGAAGAGGUGUGCUGCGCAUUGCAGGAGUGCGACAGCGAUCUCGAUCGAGCGGUGAUCUUUCUACUCGAGACGCUCCCGGUCGGGGCUUUUGCGACGACGUCCAAGAAGAAGAAAAGCAAAUCUCAGGCGGCGGCUCAGAAGGACGGGGAAGACGGCGGUGAUUGGGAGACAACGGGCCCGACCACCGUUGGUGGAGCCAGUGUUCAGCUGGGCGGCAUUAAUGUGGAUCUGAAGGAGCAGCAGCGCCGUGGUGGCAACCGUGGCGGUUCGGGCAACCAACGUUCUGGAGGACCGGGCCGUGGUGGCCGUGCCGGUGGCUAUCGCGAUGGUGGCGGCGAUCGUGACCGAGAUCGCGACCGUAACGGCUACGAUAAGGGUGGAGAGGGCGGUGGCUAUCGUAACCGAGCGGGAGGCGAUGGCGGUCGCAUGCGAGGCGGACGCGAUGGUCCGGGAGGUCCAGGCCGUGGAAACUAUGGUUCGCGAGGAGGUCGUGGUGGUGGCCCGCGUCUAGGCACUCGUGGGCCAGGUUCGCGCGAUCAGAACCGAGGUUCGCGAAUGAUGAACAACGAUCAUCAAGAGAUCGAUUCGUGGGAUCCAGUCACGACGCCGGCAAACGCGAACGACCUCAAGCCCGAAGAUUGUACGGCCUUCACCGAUACUUGGGGCGAUUGGGACAACGAGGAGUACACGGGAACGUUGGCGGAUACCAAAGGAUAUGCCGGCGCUGUCGCUUCGACGACGGCCCCAUCUGCUGGCGCUGGUGCUCAGCAGCAACAAUCGCAACAGUCAACGCAGACAGGCGUGCCACCGGCGGCAUCCAACGUCACGGAACUCGCAGCGCCCCCGGGGUUGGAGCAGCAGGUACUGAAUCCACCACCGCCAAAAGAUACCGAGCUGGUGCAGCAGUACAGUACAACUGUCGUUUCGAGUACGGCUACUGCUGCGGUCGCGGCCGGUGGUGCAACUGGUGUCGCGAGCGUCGUACCACAGUAUUCGGACCUGCAUGCCGGCACUCCGAAUGCUACGACUGCAGCACAGCAUUUGCGGCAGGCGCUUGAUAUGCCGCCUAUGAACACGUCCUCGUCCCUUUCGGCAGAACAAAGUCAGUAUUUUAGUACUCUAUCGUCUCAGAAUUCCAAUCUCCAGCCAACGCCAAGUGCCGUCGGCUUCCAGCAGCAGCCACCUGCAGGCGUGGUGGCAUCCCAACCGCCCACGACAGUUGUUCCGGCAGUUCAGCAGCAGCAGCAGCCGCCUCAACCGAAUUCCGUGCAAUAUCCAACUGCUUUCGUUGGGGCAACUAGUGACGCUACUGCUGCUGCUGCUGCUGCUGGAGCUCCGACGAGCUAUGCGGCUGCGGCGACGCAACAGCCACCAGUACGGCGGCAACGAGCCCGCGUUCCGCCACCAUCGAAGAUCCCAUCCAGUGCCGUCGAAAUGCCGGGUGAUAAUAUGAACAACAUUGGCUACCUGGACGUGCAGUUUGGUGGACUGGACUUCGGUGCGGACGAUUCGUUUGAUGCUGUAGUAUCGGAUAAGUUCAAUUCGACUACAGGAACCGCUGGCAGUAGCGUGAUGGAUUCAACCCCAUCUACCGUGCAAACGUCGGUGGUAUCCCAAGCGACACAGGCAGUCGGUCAGCCACAGGCGUCUCAAACGCAGACGGUGCAACAGCAGCAACAGGGAGCGCAGGUUCCGCCAGCUACGGUUGGAGUUCAGCCGCCGGCAGCUCAGAGUCAGUUGCAGCAACAGCAGCAACAGGUCGUUUCGCAAGCACCGCAGCAAACCGUGCAACCGGAUGUGAACGAUUAUCAAUCGAAGGUUGGUGGUGGCGUUGUGGCGGGUAGCGUUGUUCCUAACAAUUUGCAGCCAAAAUCGUCCAAUCUGCCUGGCGCACCUGGUUUAGCAUCAUCCCAGAUUAUGCCGGGCCAAGGGACGACGGAGGCACUUUCCUCUCAAAACGAUGGGCUUGCCAACAGCUACUCGCGCACCAAUGCAUCGGGUUCGGUAUCCACGUCCGUUAGUGCUGGUGUGAAUUCCAUGAGCAAUGCAGCGGCUGCGUUGGAUCAGCUGACGAAAUCGGAUCCUUACGGUCAGUCGGCAAGUACAAAUACUGCUCUGACCGGUGGCUAUCAGAAUGCUCCGUACUCAUCAACGCAGGCGAACAAAACUGCGUCGUAUCCUCCUACCGGUGCUCCCCAAGGGUACAACAACAUGAGUUAUUCUAACAACCAGGUGACGAACGCCUAUCCUCCAUCGACGAAUAACUAUAGCUCCUACAACCAAGGAAAUGUGAAUGCCUACCAGCCGCCAAGCAGUAGCGUGACAAACAACGUUGUACCGAACAACAACACGGGCAACUCGGUCGGAGGCGUAUCAAAUCAAUCGAAUCUGCCGGUGAACAAUAAUGCCGUAAAUAGCAGCUCGAACAAUAACGCUGGUGGCUAUCUGUCCAGCCAAUAUCCGGUCAGCCAGACGUCGUCUGCAUUCCCGUCACAGCAGAACUAUCAGAACAGUUCACAGAACGUGUACGGAAAUACGGGACUGAAUAGUAAUACAGGGUAUUCUGGAAGCACAAACACUACAUCCGGCCAGUAUGGUAGUAAUUUUAGUUCGUCAAAACUGAAGGACACGCCGGUGGUUUCAACGCCAUUUGAAAGUGUGGCUUCUAGUACGGUUUCGAACAGUAGCACGAACAAUUCCAACAAUAAUGUAACCAGUUCGUCAUCGCUGCCAAUCAGUUCCGUGGUAUCCACGACAAGUAAGUACACCUACCUAGCUAACAAAACCGUUGAAACUCGCAAUCUUUUACUACAUAAUGUUUUUGUUCUUCUUCUUCUGUGUAUUAUUCUAUAUUUUGCAGCGAAAAGCAGCAGCACCACUAGCGGAACGAGUGUAGUCACUAAUCUGCCGAUGGUUAAUCCGUACAUACAGGCACCAGGAUUGCCAUUCUAUCAGCAAGCUGCAGUGUAUUCGUACGAAGAUCUGCAGCUAAUGCAACAGCGUAUGCCGCAUGUGCCUGGUUUUUACGACAUCAACUACCAGACGCCUACGAGUCUCGGCGCGGCCGGUGUACGCGAUGCGAACCUUGGUUCCGUCGCGUACUCGACCAUGUCCGAUGGUCGGUUCACGCGAACCGACAACAACUCGUCACCUGUUAGUAAUGUUCCCAGUUCCUUGUCCCAACAAACAGGGUCUGGUGGUCCUAUGUUGAACCUGCCAUACGCUUAUUUUUACGGCGGCAAUAUGAUGCCGGCCAGCGGCUUCCAAUAUGGCACACCUGUCUAUCCUCAACAGAUGCCCACAAAUGCGGCAACAUCCGGCGGUCAGUUCCAGAAGCCUGCUUAUAACACAGGAGGAUAUGGUUCAGCGACCGGGUAUGAUACGCUUGGGCAAUCAGGACAGGACUACAACAAGAAUGCUUAUCAAGCGUCCAUCGUGGGACAGCAGCAAUCGAAGGGUCAAACCGUUGCCAAUCAGCAAUCUGGCUCUGGCAGCGGAUCCGACAUGGCACCAUCCAUGUAUGGUAAAAACCAUGUUGCUAUCAACAAAGUCAAUUAUGACAAACAAUCGUUCCAUUCGGGAACGCCGCCGCCGUACAACAUUGCCGGAACACAGACGGCUGGAACUACUUCCGCACAACCCUACGGGCAGCAUCUGGCGUAUAUACCAACGAUGGCUACGCAUCACAAUAUCAAUAUGCAUCAAAACAUGCACCAGGAUUCCAACAGUAGCGGUCAAAGACCGCAAAAUAAUAACCAGGGAAAGACUGCAAGCAAGCAGCAAGGCUAUUCUGCGUCUACUUAUUGGACUGGGCCGAACUAAAGUCUUAAGGAAGGGGGACAUAGCAAGAGAGCUAGCAGAGAGAGAGAGAGAGAGAGAGAGCGCUAUAAUGUAAAAAACAACAUGUGGUAGUGUGUUUUCGAUAGAUUCUUUCCAAUAAUUAACAAAACUGUAACAACAUAAACAAAUUACACAUACAUACACACAAAUACACACCCACCCACAUACAUCCAAAACAAAAGAAAACACACACACACAAACGUAACGAUGGAAAGGACAACAAAGAGGAUAAGGCAAACGCAGAAGAUCGAUGCGAUUAAAAACAACAGUAUGUAAGAGCAGGGAUGUAGAGAAGCGAAGGAAGUGCGAUGGUGGGGGGUGGGGGGGGGGCAUAGAGUGCAAAUAUUUAGUGUCAGCGCUGAUCAACUGGUGGUGUCCCUUGAUCUCUAUAAGGAAGGAAUGUUUCCAUUUUACGUUUUAUAACUCGCGCAUACCAUACCAUACGCAUAUAUGCAUGAUACAUAAACUCGAGAUAGUAUCGUACAUAAAAAAAAUAAACACAUUUUUCAUACAUAAAGACAAGCGAAGAAGCAAACAAAUACAAAAUUAAAUUAAUUAAUUCAAACGCAAAGGAGCAAUAUGAAUAUGUUUAGUUUGUUUAUUGAGAGUUGAUCAGGCAUCGAGCGAGAAUGGCAAAGGGUCGGAGUGAGAGAGUGUUUUCAGUACAAUCGAUGCUUUCCUUCCCAUCCCCCAUCCCUGUGUAACCCCACCAUAGCACAGGGAUCCGAUCAUGAGGCUAACGAUCGAUCCGAUCAUGUAAUGUGUCGUAUUGGUUUUUGGUAUCGUUUUGGACGGAUAGUCUUUGGAUGAGUCUUGUUGCGAUGAACAAACGUAGAAUGAACCUUCGGCAGAGCAGUGGGGUGUACACAAUACUCUGCUGCCUUCUUUGUGCUGAGAUCUGACAAAUGGUUCAUAAAACGCACAUGUUUUAAGAUGGAAUAUAGUAGUUGAUGAAUAAUACGUCUGAAUGCCAUCAGGAGAAGAGGGUUGCUCUCUUUUUUGCUCUUUAUCUAUGGUAUGUGCGUGCGCCGUGUACGUGUUGGGCACAGUGGUGUGUACCUUUGAUUCCCCUUUGAUAGAAUAACUUGCAUUACUUUUCCGGAAAGUAGUGAAAUUCAUGAUAAAGAACAGUCCCGCAUUAUAACCUAUUACACUUUAAUGCAUGGAGUGAAUUAGGAAAAUGCAAUUCAUGCCUAAUUCAUGCAUACAUGACAAUGGCGAAUGCACACAUUCAAGAAAAAACAAAACAUUGAUUUGGUUCAAGCGAUUUUCACGAUUGCGCAACAUUCUACAUGAUCUCUGGAAUUACUGUAAUUGGAGCGAAUCGAAUCGAAUGCUACACACUAUCCAUCUUUUUACUAUGUUGGAAUGAGGAAUGUCGUAUAAUCUGAAUGACUAAUGAUAGAAUAAUGACGAAUCAAACAUGAAAUUGGCGCUACAAUACAGACUGAAUCCAUGAAAUCUA